AUGAGAUUGGUUCCUGUUAUUGUUGCGUUAGUGGGUGCGUCAGUAGCUCUUGCACAAGUCUCUGUGAAUUUUAACAUCCUCAGAGGAAGAGAUAUCCACACCGCUCAAAAGAGAUCAUUUGGUAAAAGAGAUGGUGGUAUAGUUAGAGCUAACAUAUUAGAUGAGCAGGUGUUUUAUGCAGCCAAUAUUACCAUAGCUGGUGCCGAGUAUAGUGUUUUGAUAGAUACUGGUUCUAGUGAUUUGUGGGUCUACGGUUCUACAAACCCUUACUGCACGUCUAAUGGGGGAACCAGGAAGGAGAGGCUUCACGGAUUCUCACCAGCUGACCUUUGGAGGCUACAGGGAACAAAUAUUGACUCCGCUCAAAGGCCAGCUGGUGUCCAUUCAGAGAACCUGAAGCCAGAUAUCACUCCAACCGUGGAGAAAAGAGGUUUCUCAACAUCUAUAUCACAAUCAGAAGCAACAAUUGAUUUUGAAAUGUUUGGUGUAUUCGAUACUGAAUCACAACAAUGGAGCACAGAUGGUCAAUUGUUUCUCAUACAGUACGUUGAUAUGACGUAUGCGAUUGGUUAUUACGGUACCUCUGUGGUCUCAUUUGGUAACGCUACCCUUGAUGGAUUGACCUUUGCAGUUGCGAAUACAUCUAACGCAUCUACUUCAAUCUGUGGGAUCGGUUUCGAAGGCAACGAAGCUUCCACAGGCACAUAUAUGGAUAGUUUUGGUGGUGCUUUUCAAUAUCAAAAUUAUCCUUCUGCGCUAAAAGCUUCAGGUCUGAUAGCAAGAAACAUGUAUUCCAUGUGGAUGGAUUCAGACACAGCUGAAGGUGUUGUUCUCUUCGGUGCAAUCGACCACUCUAAGUAUCUUGGUGAUUUGGCUACAAUGUCUCUACUCAAUUACUACAUUGACAGUGGCUUUGAGCAGCCUGUUACAUUCGAUGUCAGUCUCAACAGCUUAUCCCUGAGCGAUGGUGAGACAAGAGUCAAUGUGCUUAGCGAAACGCAGAGCUGUCUCUUAGACUCCGGUACUUCGUUUACAUAUCUUCCAGAAAGCGUCGUGAAUGGUAUUGCCAGCUCACUGGAUGCCACUUAUGAUAAGAAACAAGGCUUUUACGUUAUCGACUGUCCAAGGUCUACUACCGGUAUCAAUUUCACCUUCUCUUUUGAUACCAUUGAUAUUCAAGUCCCAUUAGACGAUUUUCUUGUUGCUGUUGACGACUCACGCAAAACCUGUGCUAUCGUUUCAACAGGCUCUAGUCGUUGUAUUCUUGGUGACACUUUCCUUAGAAGUACAAAUGGCCCCUGUAAAUAUGACAGUAGUAAUAUGGGUGAUGGUGUUGAAAUGGUCGGCUCUGUUGGUCCAACUGCAAGUGAUGGUUCAACACCAACAGCGCAUUUGACCAUGACAGUUCCUGGUUCUGCAUCGGCUGUGAAUUCACAGCUUGUUACCGAUGAAGUUCAGGGUAUAAAGUCUUCCACUCCAAUCACAGAGUCCAGUGGCACCACUCUACUUAGCGUCAUCAGUGGCUCUACAAAUGGUCUUUCUUCUAGGACAGCUACUGGUUCUAGCAGUCCAUAUGCACAGUCGUCUGCUAACAUUGGUUGCAAACGUUCCGACUUUUCCCUCUUCAGCAUCAUAACUCUCUUUAUUUUGUUUUAA